AUGACCAGUUUCCUGGACGCUGGAUGGGGCGCAAUUGAAUAUAAUAUUACUCAAAGAUCUCUCACAGCAUUAUUGUUUAUUUUAAAAGAAGAAGGUCAUAAUGAAUUGCCCGAUGAUACCAGGACACUUUUAAACACACCAAAAAAGACAAUUAUUCGCGAGUGUGAAAGUGGACAUUAUUUCCAUUAUGGUUUGGAAAAGUCAUUGCGAGAUAAAUUAAAUUAUUGCCCAAAUAUAAAUAACAUAAACAUCGUAGAAAUAAAUAUAAAUAUUGACGGUCUACCUCUUGCAAAAAGUUCGCAGAGUCAACUGUGGCCUAUUAAUUAAAUUUAAAUUAAAAUUACAGAUCCUUUUCUGAUAGGUAUUUAUCAUGGUUACAAAAAACCUACAAACGCAAAAAAUUUGUUAUAUGAAUUUUGUGAAGAAUAUAGAAUUCUACAUACGGAAGGCUUUUUAUUUCAAAAUAGAAAAUUACUCGUUACAAUCAGAACAGUUAUUUGCGACGCUCCAGCAAAAUCUUUUGUAACUACGAAAGGUCACAACGUAUAUUUCGGUUGCGGAAAAUGUUUUUGUGAAAGUGAUUAUGUCAAUCACAGAAUGGUCUUCUUAGAUGAGACUGCUCUUCUAAGAACUGAUAGCAAUUUCCGUAAUAGAGAGAAUGAAGACCACCAUAUUUCCGUUUCGCCUUUCAAAAAUUUACCGAUAGAUAUGAUAAAUAAUUAUUAUUAAUAAGAAACGUUACAAUAGUGCGUUAAAGUAUAAUACACAAGGUUAC